GAAGUCAUAACAGUUGUGAAGCUCAGCGGAAAGCGCAGCGUCUUAUUUCACGAGCUGAAUAUACGGGUGAAAGGUGAGUGUAUUUUAAGUUUAAAUAUGUAACAUAAAACUUUCUUUUACAUGUUUUCAUUUGCUCAAGGUGACAGUAAACUGUGGUGGGUGACAUAUAAUGCAUGUUUGUGUGGAAGCUAACCCACUACCCCCAAAAAACGCUUAUGAUUUAAAGCGUUGCGUUUUACAUAUUACCCGACUGUUUACAUCUUUACGUAACUUUUAUUGUGACAAUUCUAUAUGCAAUCAGAAAAUCGGCCAGUCGGAUUAGUAGGUUUGUUUAUUUGAGACAGAAGGGCGGUGGCUAACUCGCUAGAUCUUUGUUAACAGACGAAUGUAAACAAACAUUGAAAACUCGCGCGCCUCAUGUGUACUGAUGUGAGACUUUACAGACAUCACCAGCACUCAUUAUCUCAUCGGUACAUCACCUGCACAUUUAUUGAAGAACAUUGCGUUCAAGAUUCUGGGAUGAGUACUAUGCCCAACCUUAAUAUAGAGAUAACUAACCAUAAAUUGAUAUGUUCCCUGCAAUUAUGCAAUGCAAUAUCCGUUAACACGUAUUUACUGCAUGGUAUACUGUCCAACUCCGUUCUAACGUGUCAAAACAACUGUAAAGCUGCUGUGAGUUUGACAUUUAAUCAGAUGUGAAGUAGAGAGCUGGCAUCAACUCGGCUGUAUUGAAUUAUACAGCUCAGCGGGUGUAGGGAAUGUUCAUGGAUACUGUUUCCUUGUCGUAAUUUUUAUGACUUGGAGCUUUUUUCUAUAUUGGCUGUGUGGUGAGAUGCUUCGAUCUAAGCGUAUGCGCUCGCCGAAUGGCUGGAUUGCGGAGUAUAGCUGGGAGGAGAGAGUGGAGGUGCACAAAAGGCCGAGGUGCAGCUCCCGGAGCGGGGAAAGAGAGAGUCUGCUUGGACUGCAUCAUCACUACAAAACUUACGAGAGGUGUCACAUAAGCACAAAGAGGCUGGAGUGCUGUGAGCGCAAGGCCAGAGAGGCCAGUCCGGAGCAUGGUGAUAAUGGAGGCAAAAUGGAGCAGGUCAAGGAGACCGAGAGGGAGAAGAAUAGGUACCACUACAGCAAGUCGUCCGGACGCAGUGGGCGGAGUCGGCGCAGCAGUAGAGAACGCCAGCGAUCAUGCCAUCGCAGCCCCUGCUCAGACUCGAGAAGUCAUCACAGGAAAAGAACCAAGAGUAUUGAGGAUGAUGAGGAGGGUCACCUGGUCUAUCACAAUGGAGACAUGCUAAGAACAAGAUAUGAGAUUGUAAGCACCCUGGGUGAAGGAGCCUUUGGAAAAGUGGUGGAGUGCCUUGAUCAUUCAAAAGGUGCAGCUAGAGUGGCACUGAAGAUCAUAAAAAAUAUUGAGCGCUAUCGGGAGGCAGCCAUGACAGAAGUAGAUGUGCUUGAGCGGAUAAACUCGCUUGAUGGCGAUAAGAGAUUUGCCUGUGUUCGGAUGCUGGAUUGGUUUGAUCACCAUGGUCACAUCUGCAUAGUGUUUGAGCUGCUGGGACUGAGCACAUAUGACUUUCUUAAAGAGAAUGGAUUCAUGCCCUUCUCAGUGGACCAGAUCAGAUGCAUGGCAGAUCAGAUCUUUAAAGCUGUACACUUUUUGCAUCAAAAUAAACUGACGCACACUGACCUUAAGCCUGAAAAUAUUCUCUUUGUGAACUCCACGUAUGACAUGGAAUAUAACUACAAGAUGAGGCGAGAUGAGAGGACCUUGAAGAGGUUGGAUGUCAAAGUGGUAGACUUUGGUAAUGCUACAUAUGACCACGAGCAUCACACCUCUGUCGUGUCAACUCGCCACUACAGAGCCCCUGAAGUUAUUUUAGAACUGGGCUGGAACCACUCAUGUGAUGUGUGGAGUUUGGGCUGUAUUCUGAUUGAGUUCUAUCUAGGAUUAACAUUGUUUCAGACUCAUGACAGUAAGGAGCAUCUUGCCAUGAUGGAGAGGGUUCUAGGCCCCAUACCUACUCACUUACUCCAGAAAACCAGGAAGCAACGGUACGUGCAUCAUGAUAAACUGGACUGGGAUGAACUCGGCUCGGCUGGGAGAUACGUGAGGAAACACUGUAAACCUCUAAGGCAAUACAUGUCCUCUAAAACCCCCGAGCACGAGCUGUUGUUUGACCUGCUUCAGAAGAUGAUGGAGUAUGACUCAUUGAAACGGAUCACCCUGGAACAAGCCAUCGGACAUCCUUUCUUCAACCCGUUAAGAAAAAUUAGGAGAAAUUGACUUUGAAGGGGACACUUGAACAUUACUGCUCCCAGGGAGACCUAAUGCUGACUGUAUCAGUCAGCUUAAAGACUGCCUACUUCAUGUCCUCUGUCUGUGUUUUUAUUGUCUGUUUGAAUAUACAGCCCAAAUUCCUGUUUAUUUUUUGGUAAAAUAAACUUGAAUGCUUUGAA